AUGCUUCGUAAAUGGCCCGCCAUUGUUUGCCGUCGGCCCCUGCAGGUUGACUACCCGGCAAAGCCCAGAUCACCCCGACCAUUCAAGUCCUCACGUUGCCCACCCGGCAGCCGGUCAGCACCCGAAAUACCUCCCGGGCUACCUUCGUCGCCGUUUAGAGCCAGGAUUACCGGCAAACCCACACGGGCGUCUACCAUCGCCGUAUCCCGGCCAGGGUCGCCCGGACCACCUGCUGACAUCAGCGCUUCCCGGCCAGUUUCGACCGAACCCCCAGCCGAUCACCUUUCGAUACCAUCGUCGUUUCCCGGCCAGGGUCUGCCGAACCACCUGCUAUCAUCACCGCUUCCGGCCCAGAGUCAGCCGAACCACCAGCCGAGCACCGUUCGAUACUGUCCCGCCCCACUGUCAUCGCUGGCUUAUAAAGUGCAAGCAGCAGCAGAAACAGCAGCAACAGAAAUAGCAGCAGCAGCAGCAAUAGAAGCAGCCGGAGCCGUGGGACCUGCAUCGCUGGUUCGUAUAGCCAUGGCCGGAAACCUCGGUCCGGUCACGAUAAUGGCGCACAGCAGCAGAAACAGUAGCAACAGAAAUAGCAGCAGCAGCAGCAGCAGCAGCAGCAGCAGUAGCAGCAGCAGCAGUAGCAAUAGAAGCAGCCGCACCCGUGAGAGCUGCAUCGCUAAUUCGUGUUGCCGUGGCCGAGGCUGGAAACCUCGGUCCGGUCACGACACAAGCCAUUAG